UGUCCGGUGUGGCGGGGGGCGUAGCCUCAGCGACAGACGACAAGGAUGGCCAGGGGCGGGGUCUCGUGCCCGUCAACAAGAACCUGGGCAAUGUCAAGGCAGAGCACGGUGCCCAUCCCUCGAUGGCGUUUUUCCAGAACCGAUCCCUCAGCCUCGUGGACAUGUACAUCGACACCUCUGAGCCCACUGAGAACGUCGGCCAGAUCCAGUUCUCACUCGAGUAUAACUUCAAUGAGAUGACACUUAUACUCAGGAUUAUGCAGGCCAAGGAACUCCCGGCUAAGGACUUGAGUGGAACGAGCGAUCCUUACGUGCGGGUCACUCUCCUCCCCGACAAGAAACACAAGUUGGAGACUAAGAUCAAGCGACGAACACUUCACCCGAAGUGGCACGAGACCUUCUACUUCGAAGGUUUCCCGAUCCAGAAGCUGCAGAGCCGAGUCCUUCACCUCCACGUCUUCGAUUACGAUCGCUUUUCGAGGGACGACUCUAUAGGCGAGGUCCACAUCCCCCUCUGCCAGGUGGAUUUCUCUGAGAAGAACAACACGUUCUGGAAAGCCCUGCGGCCUCUGGAGAAGAACAAAUGUGGAGAGAUCUUGUGUUCUCUCAUGUACCAACCCUCGACGUCUGAGCUCACGCUCACUGUUAUCAAAUGCCGCAAUCUGAAGGCGAAAGACAUUAAUGGCAAAUCAGAUCCGUACGUGAAAGUCUGGCUGUACUUUGGCGAGAAGCGGAUAGAGAAGAAGAAGUCCGAGGUCCAGUUCUGCACACUCAACCCCGAGUUCCACUUCAGCGUCAAGUUCGACGUUCCGUGGGAGAGGAUUAGGGAGUGCCAGCUCAACGUAACGGUGAUGGACCAUGACAAAGUUGGGAGGAACGAAGCCAUCGGGAAGAUCAUGCUGGGCAAGGCUGGCAGCGGCACCUCGGAGACCAAGCAUUGGAGCGACAUGAUCACGAAGCCCCGGCAAAACGUCGUCCAGUGGCAUCGCCUCAAGCCCGAGUGAAGCGCGUGCCCUCGUACCCCAUGCCCACCCUCCCCACCGCCCUUCCCUCCCCCUCCGCAGCGCAGGGCGACCGCCGCGGCUGGAGGGCGUCCCAUUCGCUCAAUCGAGGACACGCAUCAAGUGACAGUUUUUAAGAAAAGAUAUAUAUGACGCAGAUUGUGA